AUGGAUGCUUUAUCAAUAAUAAAUUCUAUCACUACAGGGCUAUUAGAGAAGGGUCUAAUUGCGAUCAAGAUUUUACAGAAGCCCAUAGAGACCAGCGAACCUAUCGUGUGGAUUUUCAAACAUCACGAAGAUGUUUAUCCACCUCUCUCUUCACCGGGCCAGCCUGCUUCAUGGUGUCUCCCAGAUUACGCGGUUCUGGAGAAAAUUUCUAUGUUUGCGUUAUUGUUCAAAGAAAAUAUUGCGAAAAGAAGACAUGAAAACCGAACUCCCGAUCCCCUUCUCGAACGAGAUGACUCCACAAUCUAUGAUCCAGAACUUGCAAAUGUUAAGAAGCACUUUAUAUGGGCGAGAGCGGUUUAUAUCGAGGAAAUUCUGGGAUCCAGCGAAGCUAAAGAGCAGGAUGAAUAUGAGGAGGUACGAUCUAUGGUAUCAGAAAGAGUAUUUGAUGCUCUGUAUUACUGGAUAGUCUUUGCGGUUGAUGGUGAGCUAGCGUGUCAGUUCUGGAAGAAGCCCGAGACAAUCGGAUCAUAG